AUGGCUAAGAAGGAGGCCACCAAGACCCGCAAGACCAGAGAUGGCAGAAAGAAGAAGGAUCCCAACGCGCCUAAGCGUGGUCUUUCAGCCUACAUGUUUUUUGCCAAUGAGCAGCGCGACAACGUGAGAGAUGAGAACCCUGGCAUUGCCUUCGGUCAGGUUGGAAAGAUCCUUGGUGAGAGAUGGAAGGCUCUCGCUGAGGACAAGCGCCGACCCUACGAGGACAAGGCUGCUGCCGACAAGAAGCGGUAUGAGGCCGAGAAAGCUCGCUACGAGCAAGGUGACGAAGAGGAAUCCGCGUAA